AUGUCGGACCCUUCAGCAAUGCGAAUCUCUUUUUAUGUUCAGGACUGCUUUGCAAUCGGGCCGAAGGAACACGAAGCCAGCAGCCUGGCAUGCAGAUUUCCGGGGCAGCUGUCUGAAGCCUCUGGCUACAAUGUCAGCUUCAUAUUCCCUACUCGCACAAAAGCUCCGAGAGGGCGGGGCUUCAGAUUCACGGGCACGAUCUCCAAGGAUGCGUCCUCCCCGGAUCUGUCGUUGUCAUCAGAGCAGCAGGCGUCUACUUCCAUCCACUCGUUUUCUUCAGAGGUCCGCGGCUGUUUCUGCACCGGCUUCUCUGUGGGCAACACGUCGAAUCUGCGAAGAAGCCGCCAAAGCGCCACCCCCAGAAACAUGGAGCCCAGAGCAGUCUGCGCCAACGACAUUGCUUUGGGGUUUAUGUGA